AUGGUUACUGUAUAUAAUGUAAAAGGUCAAUAUAUUGGGUUUUCCUGUUCACUUCCCUCUUUAUGCAGAUUAUUUACUGUUGAUCAGUCCCUGAUGAUUUUAAGUAAGGACGGGACGUUAUCAGAGUUGACGGAGAAAAAUCUCAGUGCAAAAUUGGAUAUUCUUUUCAAGAAGAAUCUCUUUGAUGUUGCUGUUAUUCUUGCAAAAAGUAGCAGAGACGGUGCUGAGCAUUUGAAGUCCAUUCAUGAGAAAUACGGCGACUAUCUUUAUGGCAAAGGAGAUUUCAACAAUGCUGUAAGCGAAUACAAGGAAACGAUAGGAAUGCUGGAGCCUUCUUAUGUCAUAAAAAGGUAUCUCGAUGGAUCUCGUCUGCGGCAGUUAUGCGUCUACUUGGAGGCCUUACAUGACACCGAUCGUUACACUUUGUAUCACACAAAUAUCCUCUUGAAUUGUUAUGCCCAACUCGAAGAAAGGAAGAAAAUUAAAAAUUUUCUGGAAAAAAUAGCUAUGGAUGGAAGGACAGACAUGUCAAGCAUAUUUGAAGUAGGCACAUUAGAGUAGUA